UCUUCUCCUCCCCCACCAUCCACACACUCCCCGAAGCUUACACGCUCAAAGAUAUGACAGACAGCUUCGAGCGUGUUAUCGAUUUCGAUCUGACCUACAACCAAAACGCGUACACUAUCGCUUACCCCGUAGCUGCGAACCAGCACCAACAAGAGUUGCUUUCAAAGGGAUUUCCAUGCUCGCAUGAUCAUCUGUGUGCAUGGGCGAACGGGUGUACAUAUAUUAGCAUGAAAAAAGGGGAUGUUGGCGUUUUGCUUGUGGAUUUGACGCCAGGGCAGAUUGCGGCGAAGCAGGCAUGGGGUAAUGCAUUUAUUGGGUGGAUGUACAAUGUGGAGGCCGGCAAAUCGGUCAUUCUAAGUGAGGAACAACAGCAGGAUGUAGACGAUUGGACUUCCCAAGACGUUUUCGAUAAGUUGGUGCGGCAUGUCCUACCCCCAAGCGACAGAAAACUCGAACUAGUAGGCUUCCUUCGUCCAGAAGGCGCGCUUCCUAAUCUAUCGGCCUCUGAACUCGAGUCCACCUUUAACGGCACCCCGGUUAAGUGGAUACAGCUGAUCGACAUAGCCUACGGCGCGGCAGUUGUAAUGAUGGUAUUUUUGGAAUACAGAAAAUUGGUAUUGCCAAAGGCACCUCUUCCCAUAGGUAUCACCCUCGCGAACGGCAAGACCAUUACCAUCAUACCGGCGAAUGCUUACCCCCCGGUUGACUGCAAAUUCCUCUUUACAAACUCGCAGGAAAACCAGACCACCGCUACGGUCAAAGUCUUACGCGGUACCAUUCCAUGUCAAGAACUUAAAAUCGAAGAUUUAGCUCCUAAACCAAGAGGUGAGGCGAGGCUCAAGGUUACAUUGAGGAUCAGGUCGGGAGGACACUGGAGUUUGGAGCUUGGGGAGUUUGAGACGGGUAGAAUAACGAAUCUAGAUUCUGAAGGAAUAUGUAUCCAGGAUGAGGCUGAGAUAGAUGCGUAUGAGAAGGAGACGACGAAUAGGCAGAUCGACAUUGUGAUUGGAGCGGAUGGUGUCGUUGGAGAGUUACCUCCAUAG